CCUUACCGCGCAGUGAAACAAUUCUCACCGCGCAGUGGCCUGAAUAGAACACCAUACACACGGAUCAGCUGAUAGCUCACGUGAUAAAAAAAGCUUCAUGUGCUGUGUGUGCAGCUUCGUUGCAAGUAUAAGUGUGCACACAUGUAUAGUACGCGCCCGUACCGCGUGCAUGGGUCCUUGGGUCUCCAUCAGUAUCAAGUCCAUGGUCCAACCAUAGGUCCAACCAUGGAGCUCUGAAACUUUUUAUAGCUUCAUGGUCCAAACUAUGUAGAUGCACAUGCAUACGUAGAGGUAUACAACCAUGCAUGGUAGUAGAGCAAGGGUCCUAGUGACAAAACUUCGCUUCAGCAUCCGAAACGUAACCAUGUCAACCGAAACCAGUCAAUUCAAAAAGGAGGACCAUGCCGCUAUCUACCUCAAAAAUCGCCCCGAGUGGCCUCCGGAAAUUAUCCAGAGAAGCCUGAGCUUUCUACGGGAAAAGAACCCAGAGCCUUUUAAACUUGCAGUUGAUGUAGGGUGUGGAUCAGGCCAGAAUACCAGACCUUUGACCCCAUAUUUUGAAAAGAUCAUCGGUGUUGAUGUCAGUGAAGCACAGAUAAGAGCUGCACAGUCUUUGAAGAAUCCACCAAAUGUUGAAUUUAGAAUAGGAAGUGCUGAGAGCAUUGCUGUACCAGACAGGUCUGUCGACUUGAUCACAUGUGCAGAGUCAGUGCAUUGGUUUGAUUUGGAUGCGUUCUUUCGUGAGAUGGACAGAAUACUGAAACCCAGUGGAUGCAUUGCCAUUUAUACAUAUCACAAAAUACGGCCCUGGGUUGAAGGUGAUGACGUAAAGAAUGAGCAAUUAAGGGAUAUGAUUAUGCAGCUCUGCAGUGUAACUUUAGGACCCUAUAACAGCCCAGGUGCACGGCAUCUUUUUAACAGGCUGGCAGAUAUCCGCAUCCCGUAUGACGAAACAGUAAGGAAUGAAUCAUUUCAUAUUCAAUAUGACACAACAGUGGCAUCUUACCUGGACUACAUCCGAUCUUGGGCCAUUUAUCAAGCUUACCUGGAGAAGAAUCCAAGUGGCCCUGAUAUCCUCAAAGAGGUACAGAAACGGUUGAUGGGGAUUUUAGGUUUAGAUUGUCUUCCAGAAGAUGCCAGGAUACGCACAAGGACUCCAGUUGUCUUGCUUCUUGGAAGAAAACCACAUACAUGUAUAGAGACCUCUUUGUAGGAGGUGAACAGCAUUGCUUGAAAAACAGAGUCUUCUAGUGGCAUGAGUCAUAUGAGGAGAAAAGCACACACAACGUAUUUCCAUCAAAUGCGAAUUCAAUGCAAUAUUAUAAAAACAAUUCGUAAUUUUGAAAUUUGAAAAGAUAUAUGAUUGUGAACAUGAUUUGAACAUUAUUGGUAGAAACUGCUAAUAUUCAGAAAUUUGUUGCUGCUGUAAACAAACUGAAAGUGUGUGAAAAUAACAUCGAAAUUGCUUUCUUAAACAUAUCUGUUAAUGUAAUAAGUGAAGUCAAAUUAUAUCGCGUGAUUCUAAGUCCAUUUUUGUACCAAUUAGUACUUACUUGUUAUAUACUUACUAUAUUUUAUGUAAAGCUAAGAGUGUCACUCACAGUAGUAUGAUGAAACUUUAUUGUCUUAAUGACAGAGACUUUAUAAUUUGAAAAAUGAAUAAAGAUUUGAAGUACCCUUGAAAACUAAAAAGGCAAUAAUUAUGAAAUUCGAGAAAAGGGGUAAACAGCAUACAAAGCUGCAUUUAAAUGUAACGUUAAAAAGUGUAUUUUUUGGCUUUUUUUAGAAUAUCUGUUGCUUCAAAAUCUUACCUUUUAUUUUAUUAUUGUAUGGCUUUAAAAAGUACUAAUUCAUAUCCCCAAGAUAAAAGUACCCCUUAGGUAUUUGAAAGACACAAGUGACGUGAUGAAUGUGAAUGAAAUUUCAGCCACCAGAAACAAACCUCAAGUACGUUCUAAGAAGGGAAACGUUUACUGUUCUGGUGUAAUAAAAUUGAAGUAUCAACGAAUUACA